CAUCUCGAUCCCGUUCCGCCUGAUUACUCGGCACAACCGUUCACGGAUGCCUGCAGUUUGACGGUAAGUGCUGGCGCUGGUGGCCACGGCUGCGUAUCAUUUCUUCGAGAAAUGUUCAUUCCCAAUGGACCCCCCAAUGGAGGAGACGGCGGGACCGGUGGCUCGGUGUACAUUCAGGCUGUGAAAGGGGAGACGAGUCUUCACAAGAUUGCAAGACGAAGCAUCCUCAAGGCUGGGCGUGGCAAGAAUGGGCAGGGAAGUUCAAGAGGCGGAGCGAGAGGCGAGGACCUGCUUCUCACAGUCCCUGUCGGCACUGUGCUAAGAGAGGUCUGGCGAAUAGAUCCAGUCGAAGUGGAGCAAGACAGACAGGCCUCGGAGGCUGCAGACAACUACACUCGUACGACAAAUGCAGACGAAGAGGAGGGAAAAGAGCCUGCGCAAAAUGGAGACUUCCGUCGUGACAAGUGGAUUGUCUAUCCUGGCACUCUGCCGAAAUCGUUCGGCAUUGCAGACUUCCCGCCAACGCCCAAACCACGGCGAAGUCAUUUGACUGCAUUGCAACCUCCUGCACCUCUACGCCUAGAUCUUGACACACACAUGGAGACACCUAUGCUGCUCGCGGCUGGCGCAAUGGGCGGCUUGGGCAAUCCGCACUUUGUGACCAAGACUCAGUCUCGCCCUAAGUUCUCCACCAAAGGAGAGGAUGGCAUGAAGAUUCACUUGCAGCUCGAGUUGAAGCUUCUUGCAGACGUGGGCCUGGUAGGCCUUCCCAAUGCUGGAAAAUCGACCUUGCUGCGAGCAGUGACGAGAUCAAGGACGAGGGUGGGCAAUUGGGCUUUCACAACCCUAAGUCCUAGCAUUGGGACAGUCGUGCUGGACACGCAUACCGGACGGCCGGCUCUGGACACGAAGGGUCGGCGGAAAGAACCAAGAACGCAAUUCACGAUCGCCGACAUUCCUGGUCUGAUCGAGGACGCGCAUCUUGAUCGUGGACUCGGACUUGGCUUCCUGCGCCACAUCGAGCGAGCGGCAGUGCUAGCAUUCGUCGUCGACCUCAGCGCCCGAGAUGCUGUGGCGGCGAUCAAGGCUCUUUGGCGAGAAGUGGGCGAAUACGAGAAGCUACGCGAGCAAGAGCUCAAUGCUGAGACCCAGCGACUGAACCCGUCGGAAGACGGAGUCGUCGCCUUCCAGCCACUGGAGCCUUCCGCGCCAUCUCACCCGUCCGCCUCUGAUUUGGAGGAACAGAGCAGCGGCACGAUGCUCAAUGCACCUUUAGGAAGAGACCUACCAGCCCUCUCGCUGCCGCCCAUUAGCAGCAAGCCUUGGCUGGUCAUCGCAACGAAAGCAGACCUUCCCGAUACGAGAGAAAACUUCGCGAAGCUACAAGACUGGCUCAAACGAAUCGAGACGGGCGAAGAGGAACAUCCCAGUGGGAAGAAGAACGCCUGGCGCAAGCGCAUGUAUUCCAUGCCGGUUUCUGCUAUCAACAAGGAAGGCGUAGCGCGUCUACCUGAGAUCGUGCUGAGUCUUCUC